AUGCCAAAUCGCAAAGAGAGUCUAUUUUACCAGAAGAUCAAGCCCUGCAUUGAGAAGUACCUACCGCGUUAUUCCUCCUCAGAAGAGGGUCACAUACAAUUCGAGUGCGACUGCGAAUUUUCUUACGGAAAUAGCGGCUUCCGCGAUAAGUACCAAUCUGCCAGUUGUGAUUUGCUAAACGCUUUAAAUAAAAGCGGCAUUCUUGUGGGACUGCUGUUCGUGAAGUAUAACUAUGAAACGGCUAAGAGGCACAACCUGCUUGGGGGCCAGUUGGAAGGAAGGGGGAAGGACUUCCACCCCGUGUGCGGUGUGCACGAAGUCAGGUGGAAAAAUGUGGGCAUAAUCAUUACAGCUUCGCAUAACCCCCAUGAUGAAAAUGGCGUAAAAAUAAUUGACCAAAAUGGGAGGCAAAUAGACGAAGUGUACGAAGGUUAUUUAACCGACCUGGUAAACAGGCAUUUGAGGUUUCUUCGGAAAGGUGAAAUGUGCUCCAUCGGUGGUGUCGUUCGCGUCCACCACAUCGUAGACGAUAUAAUCGACUGCGUUGCGCACCUCUUCAGGGAGGAGGCGCACAUCGACAUGUACGACGAUGCCGCUUUUGAGAGUUUGCACACGCUGGACAACGUGGUGCACUCAUUUAAUAGGCAUAACGUGCUGAAGGCGAAUGUGUGCAUCGGGUUUGACACGAGGAGCAGCUCCGUACACCUCAACCAGGUGCUUGUCGAAACGUUGAGUCACCUGAACAUUCGCAAGUGCGUAAAUAAUAUGUGUUAUGUUACCACGCCGUGCAUGCACUUUGUCGUGUAUUUUUUUAAUGCAGUUCAUGUGGAUGAGUCGUUAAACCCUGAGGUAAUCCAUUCGGGGGGGUGCGCCCUGCAUAAGGAGGUGGGCGACUUGGACUACCUCCACCGUUUCUGCAUCCCGGGGGGGAGGCCUCCCCCUUUGGGGCUGUACUACGGGGUGGGCGAGCAGCCACAUGAUCAAUUUGCGUAUGCUGGGGCGGAAACUAAUAUACGGCAAAAAAGCGACAUCACCUCCCACCUGCUAGCCUACAAUAGUGACCAGAUUUACUUCGCCUACUUUACGCACGCCUUCAAAGAGCUGUACAGAUGCCUUGACGAAACAUACGAAGGAGAUUUGACGAAAAAUUGCGAAGAAGAAAUUAUUCAUGUGGACUGCUCCAACGGAAUAGCUAGUCUCAAAUUGGACAACUUCUGUGAUGUUUUUAAAAUGUUAAAAAAAAAAAUUAUUAAAAUGAAUUUUGCGGAGGAUGAGGAAAGCGUUUUGAACUUCCAGUGCGGAGCGGAUUACGUGUACAGCAAGAGGAAGCUCCCUCGUGGUGGAGGGAACUGUUUGGGAAGCGGCCACACGAAGGCUUGUUCGUUCGACGGGGAUGCUGACCGGAUCGUCUACUUCUAUGUGGGAAACCCCAAAGAGGCAGACACAGCAUCGUCUCCUCCCGUGGGAGAUACAAAAUGGGACCACCACGACGAUGAUGUGUUUGGCAAUACCAACUGUGUGUCUAUCCUAGACGGGCCGAAAAUCAUUUGCCUACUUUUCAAGUGCAUCACAAAAAUGAUGAGUCGCAUUAAGGUGGGAAGGGAAAACUCAUAUUUGGGGGAAAAAAAAAACGCAGAUUUGGAGGAAAAAGAAAACUCAUAUUUGGAGGAAAAAAAAAUUAACAUCAGCAUUGUGCACACGGCCUACGUCAACUCUGCGUUUACUCUCCACGUGAAUGAAGCGAAACGUCGCGCCAGUGAAAACGUGAAGCUCUUCCAACACAUUAAUGUAAACGUCGUUUGCACGAAAACGGGUAUCAAGUACCUAGACCAGGUGGCAAGAAGGUCCACCAUCGCCAUACUGUUCGAGCCAAAUGGACACGGCACGAUCUACACAAAUGUCUCCCAAUUGGAUGAGUGGGCCAGCUGCUUGGACAUCCAAAAUGAUAAACAUUUCGUGGCGUUAAAAAAGUUUCUCCUCUUUUUUAAUCAAACCACGGGAGAUGCCAUGGUCGAUUUUAUGGCCAUCGAAUUGUGCCUGUCAUUUCUCCGUCUGAGUAUACACGAGUGGGAUGGCUUCUACACCCCCCUCCCUUCCCUCUACGUCAAUUUGCCGUGUCCCAAAAAUAUCUUGGGGAAGAUAGUUGCGCACCCUGAGCAUGAGAAGUACCUAAUAGCGCCUCUAAACCUGCAAAGUAGGAUUGACCAAAUUGUACAGACCGUGGAUGCCACGCACGGGAGGUGCUUCAUCAGGCCCUCUGGGACGGAGCCGCUGGUCCGCAUUUACGCGGAGGCGCGAACUGUUGCUCAGCGCGAUGAGAUUCUGCGCCUGGUGCGGGGUGCCGUCCUUCAGUAUGUGCAGGGCGGGGGGGGCAAGUAG